GCCAUCGUUGGGGAAUCUUACGUCACGACUCGUUCGCGGGGAGGAGAGUGCGAUGUGAGCGACCUCGAGCGACCAGUAGGAGAGGAAUUUCAGUUUGUUAUGAAAGAUGGCGAGUGUCGGGAGUCGGGAAUUGUGGUGCUGUGUUUUCUUUGUGCUUUUACGUGUUAUCAAAACAGAAUAUAUACUAUCGGACAAAAUAGCCCGCAGAGGACCGGCCCCAGACUUCUCCCGACACACCGUCAUCAAGCCCCGCUUAUACCACGGCAGAGAUAAGCGCGAGACGGCAUCAACCAGGGAGGAAAAUGGUGUUGGUCACAUACAUGACUUGACAAUAGGGUAUGACAUAAAUGGGAAUGAUUAUGUAUUGGACCUUCGCCUAAACAGGGAGUUGGUCCCAAAGUCAUAUUUUGAACGAUAUCAGCACAAUGGUCAGCAUGUUGUAAAUAAACCAACUGGAAAGGACAUUGAGCUUUGCCAGUACCAGGGAAAGCUCCGAGGCAUCCACAACUCAUGGGCAGCCAUAUCUACAUGUCAUGGUCUCAGUGGUGUGAUAUUUGAUGGUGAAGAACUGCAUUACCUGGAGAGAGGUUCAACUGAUGAGGGAGGUGGAAAUGAUGUUGAGGGAGGGGGGGAUGAAAUUUCAGCUGUGCAUUUCCUUUACAGACAUGCAGACAUGAAGACAAACCAAACUUGUGGAUACUCAGGGACACCACAUCAUCAUAAUUUAGAUAAUCAGGAAUUUAACAGAAUUCUCAGGUACAAACGUAACACAGAUGUGAUUCGUGGGCCAUACAAUGCUAACAAACAAUCACGCUAUGUUGAGUUGGUGCUGGUUGUGGACAAUAAAGAAUACAAAGCAUUUGGAGAAAGUCGAGAGAAGGUUAAUCACCACUGCAAGGAGAUUGCCAAUAUCAUCAAUGCCUUGUAUGUGCCACUCAACAUCUUCAUUGCACUGGUGGGGGUUGUGGUGUGGACAGAAUAUGACGAGAUUGCCAUCUCAUCAAACGGCGAUGCUACACUGACCAACUUCUUGCAUUACCGCCGUGAACGAUUAGUCAAAGAGCAUCCAAAUGACAACGCCCAGCUGUUAACGCGAGUGCUGUUUGAAGGUGGUGUUGUUGGUAAAGCUUUGAAAGGACCCAUCUGCACAUUUGAGUUCUCAGGUGGUGUAAGCAUGGACCACAGUAAAGUGGUGGGGCUUGUUGCCACCACAGUUGCCCAUGAGAUGGGGCACAACUUUGGCAUGGAGCAUGACACAAAUGAGUGCCAGUGUCCAAGUGAACGGUGCAUUAUGGCACCCUCAUCUAGUUCAUUGAGUCCAACGCAGUGGAGUUCAUGUAGUUUAGAGUAUCUGGCACUUGCCUUUGAACAUGGGAUGGACUACUGCCUGCAGAACAAGCCUCAAAGCCUGUUUGACAGUCCAGUGUGUGGGAAUGGGUUUGUGGAGGCUGGCGAGCAAUGCGACUGUGGAAUGAAAGGACACUGUGACAACCCUUGCUGCAAUGCGUCCACAUGUAUGCUGUUUGCCAAUGCAUCAUGUGCUACAGGAGAAUGCUGUGACCUGAAGACCUGUCGGCCCAAGACAGCAGGUAGCACUUGCCGGUCAGCAGACCACGAAUGUGAUCUUUCUGAGUACUGCACAGGGCAGUCAGAGUACUGUCCUGACGAUGUAUUCAAGAUGGAUGGUGAAUUAUGUGACAGAGGCAAGGCAUUCUGUUACCAUGGCUCAUGUCGAACUCACUCUGACCAGUGCCGCCUGCUAUGGGGCCCAUCAGGCAAGAGCUCAGAUAUGCAGUGCUACCAGAUGAAUACCAAAGGCACUCGCCAUGGUAACUGUGGCUACAAUCGUUUGAACCAGUCCUACAUGAAGUGCAAUGAUGAGAACAUCUACUGCGGCAUGCUGCAUUGUAGGCACCUGAAUGAGAGGCUGGAGUUUGGGAUGGAAUCUGUGGCCAUCCUGUCACACUCCUUUAUCAACUCUGGUGGCAGCAUCAUCCCAUGCAGAACUGCCAUUGUGGACCUGGGACUUAACCAGGUGGACCCAGGACUGGCACCAGAUGGAGCCAAGUGUGGUGAGGACAAGAUGUGUGUAAAUCAGAAGUGUAUGGCAGUGGGCUCCCUGCGACAGCAGGCUGGUAGUGGAGUGUGUCCAAAAAAUUGCAAUGGAAAUGGUGUCUGCAAUAGCCGAGGGAAUUGCCACUGUGCCAUAGGUUAUGCUCCUCCGUUUUGUGAUUACCCUGGUACAGGUGGUAGUGAGGACAGUGGACCAGCCUCUGAUCCCAGUGCACGCCGUGAUGUAAUGACAGCAUUAUAUGUGAUAUUCCUGGGUAUUGUCCCAUUUGUGGCUGUCAUAGCUCUCUUCAUGUAUUACACCCGUCGCAACAUCAAGUACUGGUGGAAGAAGAGCAGCGGUCACUCUGCAGCAAGUGCCCAGACUCCAUCGACGAAACUUGGAGACAAGAAGCCACCCCCACCAACACGACGCAUUAGCUGUAGCAAAUCUAUGGCACUUCGAGGCCCUAGCAAUAUGGCCAAUGCAAUGCGAGCACUAGAGAUCUCCAGUCCUAUUCCCGGAGAAGGGUCAGCUGGAUCAGAUGGUGUCCGUGUGUCCCUACUUCCCAAGCCUGAUGACAACAAUGGCCUAGGUCACACCAUCAAUCCCUCAUCCUCUGUCAGUGUGGAUGCCAGCACCAUGAAUCUUCAGAACAAUUUCUUUAGAAAUUUCAAGAGCUUCAGCAUUACUCCUCUACCUUCAAAUAGCUCAUCUCCGAAUAAUCUCCCUUCCACACCAUCCAGUAGCCAACCUGCUUCAAGCGCCCUCACCACUUCUGUUCCGUCUAUUAAAGUCGGGUCUCCUAAACCUUCAAACAAUCUGGCCCAGGUAAACAGCACAGCAGACAGUACAGGACUCACAAACAUGACAGUGUCUUCAGCAGUUUCUAGUGCCAAUGUAACAGCAACAUUCAUAGCCCCAGCUUUUUCAUCUGAAAGUCAACCACCUGCUACAGCUCGUCCAUUCAUCAGCAGCCCAGUAUUAGAUGCCACAUCCUGUACAGCCAAAGAGCUCAUCUCUUCUACACCGUCAGUUCCGAGUAGGCCAGCUCCAGAAGUUCCCUCCGGCAAUGUUGAAACAACUGGUUACACUCCAUUGACUGGUUCCUCCAGUAAACCAGCACGACCUUUAUCCUCACCUAACUCACUUGCCAUCGAUGCAUUCACAUCUCAACCACUGGAAGAUAAGAAAAUAAAGGACAGUGGAUCAAGUUAUCCAACUCUGACUCGACUAGCCUCAUUCAUGAUGCGUCAGAGUUUGGGGGGAGUUGCUAGGAUUCAGAGCCAGAACCAAGGAUCUGGCCAACCAAAUGAGAAGGCUAAAGGCAAAGACAAGAGUAAAACUGUGGCAAGUGGGAGCAAUUCAUUGCCUAGGAUCCACCAUUAUGGAGUAAAAGCCAACAAGCUGCAGAUUGACAAAGAAGCACUCAGAAACCUACAGAUCUCAAAUCCCAUCCCACAGCAAGACAUUGACAUUCCUCGGAAGAUGGUACCAGUGAGACCUGGCCCAAGUCUACCUCCUUCCAAUGACUCUUCUAAGCAAGUUGUAAUGCGAGCACAGAGCUUACGAGAUAAGGGACCAAUUACACAGAGACCCUCCAUACCAACAUUUGGUUCAAUGCGUCAUGCCUCAGGUACCAAGCGGCCAACAAGCAUCCCAGCUGGAGUACGCCCCACAUCUCCACCUCCUCCUCGACCUCCUCCACCUCCUAUCAAACCUGGGGAACAAGUAACAGGAAUUAUUGGCCUACCAGGAUACCAGAAUCCACCUACUGUGAGUCCAAAGGACUACUGUUAUGAUGACUGUUUUAACCUCCUCUCUGAUGGCAGUGCUCCUCUGGCCAACAUAGAUGAAGAAUCAAGUCCAAACAGUGGUGACAAUAUAUAUGCAGUGAUUGAGGAGAGUCCUCCUGGAAGUGGCAGAAAGAAAAUUUCUCCUCCAUCAGAAUAUGCAGCCCCAGUGCCACCAAAAUCAAGUGCAACCAGUGACAACCAUGGUAUAAAUUCUAAAUCUCAGUAUUCAUCACCCAAUUUCAAUGAAUACAAGUCUCCUAAACCUGUGGAAAACAGCAUUUCUGCAGGAAGUUUAGAGUCAGUUGGACUUCUUUCAGAAAUUGUUAAUGAGAUCCAAGCCAGAAACAUGGAAUCAAUAUACAGCACAUCAACACUUGGAAGAAAGAAGGAGAGCAAAGGGGAUGGAUCAGAUAUUGAUGAUACAUCGUCUACCAUUACAGCUACUGAUUCCUCCAUAGCUGGCUCUGCUUCUCCACAGCUGUCACGUGCGGUAGCUUCAUCCAAUAGUUCACUUGGAACAUAUGUGAAUGCCAAUAUUUAUCGCCCUGGUAGCAGUGUGUAUAGCAACCUAUCAAUCCAGACAAACCCAGCGAGCUCACAGCUGCCUUCUAUCAAGUCCUGUAGCAGUUCCUCCAGUUCAAGUAGUGGAUAUCUCAGUCCCAAGCCUCCAGCAACAACAACAACCCAGCCCCCUGUAGUUAAAAACACUUCUAACAUCAGCAUCAGUAAAGACUUCAGCACUUUUAAGUCUCCUCUUCAGACUGAAAACAUGUCCAGAACACUUAGAACAGCUACAGCAACCACUCCUGUCACAAAGCCAGCUUCAGUUGACAUUAAGAAAAAACAAAGUGUUCUCAGCUCUCCAACAACUACAUUGCCCCAGAAUGUUUCAACAUAUAAACCAUACAGCUCCACCCUGCAGCGAUCACUGGGGCCACUGGCAGCGAGUUUUCGAGGCAGUAGCUCAUCGCCUAUGCCUUCAGCUCUGAAAGAUGGUAAAACAGAUACUCUCUCAACUGAAACAUCAAAACAGCUCACAGAUCAGAAUGCUAUUCUUGCUUUGCCAAACAGGAACACCUUAACCAACAUGUCAGCUGGCUCCCCUUCACCUGCCACAUCUCCAAAAGUCCCAAGAACUAAGAGCUCCUCAUGUGGUAUAACAAAAGCUUCUAGCACUUUGUCAUCAACUCAAGCACCAUCUUUUCAACCUAGUCGGUUUUCCUUACACCACACUCCCACACCUCCUAGUUUGUCUGUGAAGACAUCUGUUUCAGAUGACAGUGUCUCUCCAAAACCUGUCUCUAACACAUCAGAAGUACCCCUCACAGCAACAAUCAAUAGCAGUACUUUACAUCAGGGAAAAGUUGUUGGUGUUGGAGUAAGGGGUCAGAAUCCUCCAACUAGCAAUAGUCCAGAUGUUGUGUCAAGUUGCUCUGUGGGAGGAAGUGGCAACAGUGGAAGGUCCCCAGAUGUCGUUGAAGGUGGAAAGGUGGAUGCUAAAGCCAAUCUGAAAUCUCCUGAUGUCAUAGUUGCAAACAAAACAGUGAAAACUAUUCCAAACCUUCCAACAAGAAGUACUGCCUCACAUGGAGUGAAUGCUGUGAACAGAAGUAUAUCUGCAGCUGGAAGUGGAGCUGCUAAAUCUACAGCUGGCACUGGGAGUAGAGUAUCAUCUGUUCAUUCUUCAUUUAAAGGUGGCCCAACUGUGAAGCAGCCACAGCUGGCUCCAAAACCAUCGAUGUCAAGACCUGGUGCAUCCAUAGUUGCAGGAAACAUUUCCCAUCAGGAAAAGACAAAGACUGGGGCAGCUGGAGUGAAAGAUAUGAGCAGUAAGGUUACAGGAGUGGGGAGGGGGGUAACUGUAAUAAAAUCUGCUUCAGAUGUAACAGCCAAUGGGAACAAAUCAGUGCCCGCAGUGGCAAGAGCUGCUGCAAGCAAACUCUCUCAUGUUGCAUCAUUACAGCAGAAAUUUGAAACUGUUGCAGCAAGUGAGAAAGGUGGACCAACAGUUGGUAGAACACCAUCCAGUGCUGCCAACAAAACACGGCCAACUUUGUCUGUGGUAGGAUCUAAAGCUACCAAUGUGGAGCUGUCCACAGGUAGAAAUGCUGGCUUUAAGAAAUGAAAUUCUUGAGUUGAUAUACAUCAUACUGAUGUUGGCAAAAGUGGAGUUAGCUCCAGGUUGUGGGGUUGACUGUAAUAAAGAGCUGACCAAACCAAGGCAUUGGUUUAAGAAAGUCAUGAUCUCGACUAGUCAGAUUGGAUGGAGAGGUUUAGGCUCUGAAUAGCUAAGUACUACUGUUCAAGGAUCAGAAAAUUUAUGGCAAUCAGGUUAGUCUUGUUAACUAUCAUUAGAUGUGAAUACAAUGCAGUAUUGUUUCUUAUAUAAAGAUUUAGAUGCAUCUGCCAAUCUACAGGAAAGAUGUAACAAAAGCAUAGCUUAAUAUUUAUAAUAAUCAGUGAUAAAGUCAACAGCAUAUCAGAUUUUUAGUAAAAGAUCAUUUUUAUGUAGUAUUUUAUUGAAUCUUGUAUAAGCUUGAAACUGCCCUGUGUUAAAAUAUGUUGGGAAUUCAGUGUUUGUACUUGACAGGAUUCCUUGAGGACAGCAGGUUUAUGUUACUUCAGUUGUAUAUUUAGAUUCCACAGUAGAUUCAGUUUUACUGCCUUUAGGAUUUAGUGAGAUUUCUACUCUCGAAAUUAAAACAUUACAUUAAAUUAUACUACAUGAUUGUAGUUGAUUGACAGUUAUUAUCCAUAUGAACAUCACUGUGUAUGUAAUAUUGAGCUGAUCAAACUACUGAGUUAUUGCUAUUGUAGAACCAGAAUGUUUUGAACAUUCACCACAGAAACAUCUCUUAUUGAGCCAGUUUAUCAUUCCAGCCCAUGAGGAUAUACAGCAAAUCCUGUGUAAUUGGAUUUAAUGAACACCAUCUGGUUUUGCCAUCUGUGAAAUUUAAUGGAAACCCUUUCCCCAUUAUUAGUCCAUCAUCAAAUUGAGGGUUUGCUGCAUGUUUCUACCAUUCUCCAGGUUACAAAUGCUCUUAUAAAAUAUUUUUCUUUUAGCAUUUCUCUACCCUUAAUGCUAAUUGUCUGGGUUUUUGUAGGAAAGAUCAGGUAGAAAUCUGUCACCUAAAUAAACACUUUACCAUUAUGAUUAUGAUCUUCUGAGUUGUUACUGUUAUGUCUGUGUAAUGUGUACUUCUCAUUUACUAGCUGGUUGUCCCAUCUUCCUUUGCUGUAAUGUAUUAACAACUUUUAACUACAAAUUUUUGUUGAGGUAGGAUUUAUAGUCGUGGGAUCAAUUUAUGAAAUCCUUAUAUAUAAACUGUGCAUCUAGACAGUUUGCUUUUAAUUUCACUAAUGCUCAGUAAUUCUCUUCAUCUGUUUAAUAAUUCUGUAUUAAAUGUAGUGGUGAUUAGUACUGAGGCACAUAAAAGGAUACAGUGAAGGAAUAGUCAUCAUUUGUUAAGAAGAACUGAUAAAAUUUAUAAUCUUUUAAUAUCCAAUAUUCCUGCCAAAAUUUGACCCAGGUAACACUGAAUUAGUCAUACACUUUACUACUGUGGUAAUCUGCUCAUUCAUAAGUGUUGGUUAUAUAAAGAUAUCAGAAGUACCACACA